GUCUGUAGAGUGCCGCGAAACCGCGACGCGACUUCAGAAACGAGAUCACAUCCAUCCAGAUCUCUCUGCACAUCGCCGGCGAUGUCGUCGCCCUACACCGGCGCGCAGCAGCCGUCCCCGGCGCCGCACCAGCUGCCGGCGGCGCAGCAGAACCAUUCACUGGCGUUCCGCGUGAUGCGGCUGUCCCGCCCUUCGCUGCGGCCCGACCCGGCGGCGCUCCUCCGCUUCGACCCCCGCGACGUCUUCCUCCCCGAGGACGCGCUCACGUCCCCCGACCCCUCCGCCGCCGCCGACUUUCUUCAAGGCCUGCUCCAACCGCCCGACUCCGGCGCAGCAACCACCGUCCCCGGGGACUUCACCUUCCGCGAUCGCUUCCUCCUCCACGACACCGCCGACGCCCUCGCGCCCCCCGGCCUCCUCGUCCUCCCACAGGCCUUCGGGGCGAUCUAUUUGGGGGAGACAUUCUGCAGCUACAUCAGCAUCAACAACAGCUCCGGCUUGGAAGCCAGGGAAGUCAUAAUCAAGGCAGAAAUACAAACCGAGAGACAGAGGAUACUUCUCCUGGAUACAUCAAAAUCGCCUGUUGAAUCGAUUCGAUCAGGGGGUAGAUAUGAUUUUAUCGUGGAGCAUGAUGUCAAAGAACUUGGCGCACAUACGCUUGUCUGUACUGCUUUAUAUAACGAUGGUGAUGCGGAGCGUAAAUAUCUUCCUCAGUUCUUCAAGUUCACUGUUUCAAACCCAUUGUCUGUUCGAACAAAGGUUCGCACCAUCAAGGAUACUACAUAUCUGGAAGCCUGCAUAGAGAAUCAUACAAAAUCUAACCUUUACAUGGAUCAAGUAGAUUUUGAACCUGCCCAACAGUGGAGCGCUACAAUACUGGAAGCUGAUGAACACCCCUCAGUGGUGAAGUCUACAAUACGGGACCUCUGCAAACAACCAAUUCUGAUUAGAGCGGCAGGAGGAAUAUACAAUUACCUAUAUCAGCUCAGACCAUCGUCCGAUGAGCCUGGUCAAAUCAAGACAGAGGGUAGCAGCAUACUUGGUAAAUUUCAGAUUACAUGGCGGACAAAUCUUGGUGAACCAGGCCGCCUGCAAACUCAGAACAUUCAUAGCACUCCUACUCCAAGCAAAGAUGUUGACCUUCGUGCCGUGAAAAUUCCACCUGUUAUAUUUCUAGAAAGACCAUUUAUGGUCAAUCUAUGCCUUACAAAUCAAACAGAGAAAACAGUUGGCCCUUUUGAAGUAUUUCUAGCUCCAAGCGUAUCUGGUGAACAAAAAACUGUUCUGGUCAAUGGAUUACAGAAGUUGGUUUUGCCAUUAGUGGAGGCUUUUGAGUCCAUCAACUUUGACCUGAGCAUGGUAGCUACCCAACUUGGCGUGCAAAAGAUCUCUGGAAUUACAUUGUAUGCUGUGCAGGAAAGGAAGCACUACGAACCUUUGCCAGACAUAGAGAUUUUUGUCGACGCGGAAUAGAACACCGCAUCCACAUUGGGAGACCCGUUGGACGAUUUUUGUCGAUGCGGAAUAGAACACCGCAUCCACAUCGGGAGACCCGUUGGACGUGCUAGAUUAGACCUUCAGGGUGAGCCAUAUUCUUGUUGAUGUACUUCUGUUUAUUGUACUACUGAUAUCAUCAUGUUGUAAUUAACCACACCUUUUAUAUCAAAAGUAAUGCAUCCGUGCAUGUUCGUUGUGUAAUUGUAGCAUGAACUGGUUGAGUCAGGCAAGAAAGGAUUUUUUUUUUGCUCU